AUGCAAAAUUCCAUUGCCGCCUGCUAUAUUCAAUCUUUGGUGACCAAAAUUCCUUGGCGCAGACCAAAGGUAUGGGGAUUUGCGCACUGACACAGCAAUGGGAAAGAGCAAAAGCCUUCACAAUGUAGUAGUCGUCUCAGACAACAACCCAGUCUGGCUGGUUGAGAUGGGCUACAAAACCGCCGCAAAAUAUGGCCCAAAUGUUGUGCAGUUUAAUCAAGAGUUUGAUUUCCUGACACAUCACCUCAGGGAAUACAGGACAAGGUCGAGACCAAGACUGCUUUGCAGAGAGAGCAGUCACGACCACUUGAACAAACAAACGAGGCAUGCCUUUUUGAUCACCAAGCACAUAUCGACCAUUUUAAGAGAAACUUGGGCUUGCCCUGUGGGACAAAUGAAAUGAGACAUGCCCUGGUUGACACUUUCGAUCUUCACCUGAAAGUUCCGAUGCAAGACUUGCUGAAUCUCUUGCGCGUCUUUGCAAACACACUUUGAGAACCCAAAUAAGUAUUUACGAUUGAUGAACACAUCAGGAGCACAAGUCACAAGCAUUAUGCUACCUUGUUAAGUCAGCCUUGAAUUCUAUUUUAGAGGAGCCUCCAACUACCUCAGGAGCAACCUCUUCCGAUAACGAACAGGAAGUAGAUUCAGAUGAUUUGCUGUCCCCCAGAGAACUAUGCGCGCUCAUUCCUUCCGAUGUGAAUGCAGGGCUCCCACACUUUUUUAGCCAAGGUAUUAAAGUACACCCACAACGGAAGAGACGCUCAGUUGGCCUGGCUUCGAGAAUUAGGUACAUGCCCAAAUCA